AUGAAGCUUCUCACUGGACUCAUUUUCUGCUCCUUGGUCCUGGGAGUCAGCAGUCAAGGCUGGUUUUCAUUCCUUAGCGAGGCUUACCAUGGGGCUGGGGAUAUGUGGCGGGCUUACUCUGACAUGAAGGAGGCCAACUGGAAAAACUCAGACAAAUACUUCCAUGCUAGAGGGAAUUAUGAUGCAGCCCAAAGGGGACCAGGAGGAGCCUGGGCUGCUGAAAUCAUCAGUAAUGCAAGAGAAGGCAUUCAGAGUUUCAUAGGCCGUGGACACGAGGACUCUAUGGCUGACCAGGAAGCAAACAGAUGGGGCCGCAGUGGCAAUGACCCCGAUCACUACAGACCUAAAGGACUGCCUGACAAAUACUGA